GAGAGAGAGGAGGAUAUGAAAGUCAAGGGAUAGCUGCAGAGGCACGUCAUUUGGAUAUUCUGGAAGCUCUGCAGAAAAGCGUUCCCUGCAUUUCUUUUUUUUUUUUUUUUCAGCAGAAUUGGAUGCAGGACUAAACACAACCCUUCAAAACACACAUAAAGUGUUUCUCUUUGACUGAGGUCGCAGGUCUCUGGCACACAAGCGGGAGAAGAACAGUCAACCUCUGGAUCAAACACGACUCCUCAUUUUUUGAUUUCAGGGACAAAACACUGCACCCAAGACAAUUGCAGGUUACGGUGAAGUGAGAACACACAGUGGUGGUUCGAAGAUUGUGAUUUGGUUGUGUGAGUUAUGUGCUUCUGUGGUGAACAAGUGAGACGGAGCAUCCACAGACACUCAGAGGGAUAUACAGAGUCUGUGAGCUCAGUGAGAGGAGGAAAAAAGGAACGACGCAAGUCUCCUUCUGAUCUGAAUUACGUUUUUCUACCAUGAAGAAGAGGUGCAGUUUUUGGAUAACCUUCUUUGUCUUGGUAAUUCUAUUGAAUAUCAACAAAACUUUCUUUUGAGUCACAGACAUCACUGAAGGACCAAUGAAGGAGUCAGAUAAAAACAAGGAUAACCCCCUGACAUGGGACUUUGACCGGCCCUGGGGUUCAAUCCUCCAACCUGCUGCACGUCUUUGUCUCAACACCUUGGAUUUCUCCGACCUCUGGGAUGAGGAAGACAGUACAGAGGACGAGGGAACCAAUUCAAUCAAUGAAUCAUCAACAUGUCUCCAAGCCCCUCCAGCACCCCCUCCUCUUCCUCCUCCUCUUCCUCCUCCUCCUCCUCCUCUUGCGCCGGCUUUGCCUUCGGCCUCCCUUAAAGGUAAAAACAUUAAAUGUCACACCUUAAAGCUCCACUGGAGGGAACUGCAGAGUUUGGGUCCCCUUCCUCGGAUGACCCGCUUUGGGACUCAGACUAUUUGGGCCGGCCUUGAGCCGGUCCAUUUGGAUACAAACCGACUGGAGUACUUGUUUGAGUCUAAGGGCAGUAGCACCUGCUUUAAUGUGGCUUCUGCGCGACAGAAGCAGCCAUCAGUCUCAGUGCUGGGGAUGAAGCGAAGUAACAUCAUAACCAUUGCACUGAGCAGCCUGCCCCCUCCCCGCCUCCUCCCCCCUGCUAUAUACAGCAUGGACAGCAGCGUGCUGGACAGAGAGGACGUUCAGAGGCUUCAAGCAUUGAUCCCAACAGAAGAGGAACUAUGUCUGAUCAAGGAUGCCAAGGCCCAGAACCCCCACUCUCAUCUGGCCCAGGCCGAGCUCUGCCUCCUCACUUUAGGGGAAAUCUCUCACCUGAGCUCCAGGCUUCAGCUGUGGGCCUUCGCUCUGGACUACGACUCCUUAGAGAGGGAAAUUGCUGAGCCUCUCUUCCAUCUGAAACUGGCCAUGGAACAGCUAGCAGCCAGCCAGACCUUUAGAUGUAUCCUGGCAACAGUGUUAGCGAUCGGUAACUUCCUGAAUGGAUGCAAGGCCCGGGGUUUUGAGCUGAGUUACCUGGGCAAGCUGUCCCAGGUGAGGGAUACACACUCCCGCCAGCCCCUGCUGCACCACGUCUGUGUCCUACUGCUGCAGCUCUACCCACAAUCCUCUGAUCUCUACUCUGACAUCAGUGCUGUUACUAAAGCUGGCAAGUGUGAUUACUCCCAAGUCCAGUCCAACCUUUCUCAGCUAGAGGCCCUGUGCAAAGCAUCGUGGGAGCAGCUGAAGGCACUGGAUAAGGCUGAGGAGAAGAGGAAAGGAGGAAAGGGGGAGAAGAAGAGGGGAGGGGGAGGAGAUGAGUCCCUGGCCCCAGACGGUUCACUCCGUCACCGGCUGCCGAAGAUUUUGAAAGAGUUUGAGGAGAGGCUUAAGGUCCUAAGAGCUGUCCAUCGUCGGGUUAUCAACAGGUUCCACUCUUUCCUCUUAUUCCUCGGCUACUCCCGAGCUAUGGUGAGAGACACAAAAGCAGAGGACUUCUGUAAAACCAUCAGUAACUUUUCUCUGGAGUACAGGACCACACGGCAAGGCAUCCUGCUGCAGAGAGAGCGGGAACGACAAAAAAGUGGAACGGAAAGCCCGGGCCCCAACACUCCCAUAGGCAGGAGGAAACGUCUUCAAACUCCCACACAGGAGAGUGACAGGAGUGAGGAGCAGUGUAAGCUGGAGGAGGUGCUGAGAACACCCGAGUCCACCUUGAGGCUGGAUGCAACACUGCCUCGAAACCGCAGGAGGACGUCUGACAUACAAGGUUCAUUCUCUCAGAAGUUGAAGUGGUGAAUCUGUGGGGAUACUUUCAAAAGCCAUUCCAUCCCUGAGUCACUUGUAUAUUAGGAAGAAACUGUGACAUUGUUACAGACAGUUCGGCUGUUUUGCUGAGCGAUAUGGAAAUGGACAGGUGCCUUACAUAUCAUGUGCCAUUCAAUUUUUAAUUAUGCUUUUGUUUAAAAGUGAAGAUGCAUUAAAAUCUGUUUUGAUAGCAAAUAUAUCAAACUCCUAUAAGCAUGUGUGUGUGUGCGUGCGUGUGUGUGUGCUUUAAUAAAAGACAACAAAAUGAAAUGUAAAAAUGUGUAAAAAAAUAAAUGAUGAUGAUGAUG